AUGGCGAGGUAUUCGAGGAUGGCGGCGAGGUCUGGCGAGGGAGACGACAAAGCGGAGGCGGUGACGGCGAGGCACCCGGGCGUGGCAUCUACGGGCGCUGCGGCCGGUGGAGAGGAAGAGGACCAAGAGAUGGAGGCGGAGGCGGUGACCGGCGAGGCACUCGGGCUACGCGCGCUGUGGCCGGUGGAAAGGAAGAGGACGGACGGAGAGAUGGGGGGCUCGUACGGAAGCGUAGGAGGCGGAGGGAGGGGAAGCGGAUGUGCUGCUGCCUGCGGGGGCCGAAGUGGAGGCGGGGAGUGGCGGCUGCAGGUACGGUGUCGAGGGUCAGCUCCGCCUCCGGCGCAGGUUCGAGCCACGGUGCAGCAGUGGCCGCAGCCGUGGGCGUCGAGGUCGUCGUCAUCGGAGGCGGACGCCGUGGGCGUCGGGGUGGUGCGGGUGGCGGCGUGGACCUUCAGGAUGGGCACCGACGGCGUGGGGAUGAGGGAGGGGGGCCCUGCACCGUGGUGGCCGCUGGGUUCUUCUUCUAAUGAUCAAGUUGGAUCUAGCACAGAGAAUAAUUCUCUUGAAGCACCUGGAUCUGAGCUAAAAUUUGACUAUGGAAAAAAUGAGGAAGAAGAUUACUAUUUUGAAGAUGAAGAUGAUGGGUGCUAUGAUGAGGAUGAUGAGGGAUCUGACUAUGAGCUUGAGACUGCUGACUAUAAUCAACUGCUAGCUGAUAAAUUUGAUCAUUUAGACCUGCCUCCAGGUGUGGAGGCUACAGUACCAAGGUUGCAGAAAGUUGAAAGGGAUGGGCCUGGAAAAUUCAAGUCAAUGUCAGAAAUAGAGGAGGAAAUCGCAAAGAAGUAUAAUUUUUUCAAGCAGUUUGAUACCGUUGAGGAUUUCAUAGAUCAUAAAUAUGCUAAAAAUUCUGUCGGAAAUGCAAGGAAAGAAUGGGCAAAAAGAAUCCAGCAUGAAUGGAGUCUCCUGGAGAAAGUUUUACCAGCAUUAAUAUAUGUUCGUGCCUCGGAAAAUCGAAUGGACCUUCUCAGGGCUGUAAUGAUUGGGCCUCAAGGAACUCCCUACCAUGAUGGCCUUUUCUUCUUUGAUGCCCACUUUCCCCCUUCUUAUCCUGCUAUUCCCCCAGUGGUACAUUAUCAUGCAGGUGGGCUUGGGCUUAAUCCAAAUCUAUAUGCUUCUGGAAAAGUCUGUCUUAGCCUCCUAGGCACCUGGCAUGGUCAAUCUUGUGAGAAAUGGAACCCAGCACAAUCAACAAUGCUUCAGGUGCUAAUCUCCAUUCAAGCUCUUGUAUUGAAUGAGAAGCCAUUCUAUAAUGAGCCUGGAUAUGAACGCUAUGCCAAUAGUGCUGAGGGACUGGCAAAUGCCUUGGACUACAAUGAUACAGCAUUUCAGUACUCAUGCAGGACGAUGUUAUACUCACUUCGUAAACCUCCACAGCACUUUGAAGACCUUGUCGCGGGCCACUUCCGUGAACGCGGGCAUGCCAUUUUGGCUGCAUGCAAAUACUACAUGGAGGGCCAUGAAGUUGGAUCCAAAGUCCUGGAGGAGGACGAGGACACCAAAGGGUGUCAAAACGGGGAAGGAUCCAGCAGUAGCACCACGGCAAAGCCGCAGCAAAAUAAGCCUGCAUUGCGCACCAAUCGCAAUGCAUCCUUCAAAACCAACCUGGAGGUUCUGUUUGAGGAGCUCUUGAUGGAGUUCAAUGUGAAGGGUGCCAACACUGCAAGAUUCCGUGCGGAGAAAUUGAAGAACAAGCUGGCGGCUGCUUGA